AACCCGCACACGGAACGCCAAGGUCUGCAGUUCACCUCUCCACCAGAGGACGGCGCGCGGUCCCGCGGACGGAGCCCGUCUUGUGCCCGCGCACAGACAUUCCUCAUUGGAUUUGGUUGGUGCGGGAGCGCUGCGGGUGGCCGAGGCGAGGUUCGUGGCCGCGCAGAGGAGCCGGUCAUUGUGCGGAGAGGGAGCCGUCGCUUCGGUGCGCGCCUUCGGAGGCUCCGCUGUAUUUAUGGUCUGAUUACAGAAGGAACUAUAAUAGUUAAUGAGCUGGUUGCUGGCCUUUGAAAGCUGUUACCAAUGAACAACAGUUUUAUGUCCACUGUUGAGAAUUGAACCAAGGGAACUAUGGCAGCCCAAAGAAUUCGCUCCACCAACACAAGUGGACUUCCUCGGUGUAAAUCUGAAGGCACAUUGAUCGACUUGAGCGAUUGUUUCUCUGAACUGAAUUUCAGUGAUGUCAAAGUGCCUUCUCCUAGUACUCUGCGAUUAGACACAUCUACGUCUUUCGGGGACGCGCGAGAAGUUGUGGCUAUUAAGGAUUACUGUCCUACUAAUUUUACCACGCUCAAGUUUAACAAAGGAGAUAUUCUGUAUGUCUUGGACACCUCUGGCCCUGAAUGGUGGUAUGCCCACAACAAUACUGAAAUGGGAUACAUUCCUGCCUCCUACGUCCAGCCUGUUGGCAGAAGCUCCUCUCUCCGAGACAGUGGCAUGGUGGAUAACAUUGGCGACAGUUCUGAUGAAGGUGUCAAGGAGAUGGAUUUACUUGGCGAUUGGGGAGAUAUCUUUGACAAAAUGUCUUCAAAUACCAAACAAAACAAUCCAUUUGUGAACGGCUUUGCAUCCUCCAACCCAUUUCUCAAUGGGAAUGCGCAGAGCCCCAGGUCCAACAGCGAUCAGGCACCUAAAUCAGAAGUGGAUUUACUGUUGUUUGAUUCAUUAGCACCACCUCUUGCUGGUUCCAAGACAUUAACACCUAACAGCGAAAGUAAUGAUGUUUUUGAGGAAGACCCAUUAGUCAGCUCAAAGGCCGAGUUUGAUCCGCUCCUGAGUCGGAACAACCCAUUCUUUCGAAGCAAGCGGUCGUACAGUAUGUCUGAGCUUUCGGUCCUGCAAGCCAAGUCGGCAGGACCUCCCUCCUCUGGCUUCUUCACCAGCAUGCAGUCUCCAGAGCCCGAACAGUUCAGGAGCAGGGAGGACUUCCGAGCAGCGUGGCUUAACCACAGGAAACUGGCACGUUCCUGUCACGAUCUCAACUCUCUUGGGCAAAACCCUGGCUGGGGUCAGACCCAGCCUGUCGAGACCAAUAUUGUUUGUAAGCUGGACAGCACUGGUGGAGCAGUUCAGCUUCUGGACACCAAUAUCAGUAUUCACAUACCAGAAGGACACAUCUCCCCAGGAGAAACUCAGCAGAUUUCCAUGAAAGCCCUGUUGGAUCCUCCUGUAGAGUUGAACAAUGAUAAAUGUACAACCAUCAGCCCUGUGGUGGAGAUCAAAUUAAGCAACAUGGAAGUUAAAACGUUCCUCACCUUGGAGAUGAAGAUUUCUGCCGAGCUGAAAGAUAACGUGACGAGCAAGAAGGAUGCCAGCAUAACCUGCUUGAGCAGUGACAGUAAAGAUGGGCCCUUCACACCGAUGUCUCAGGUGUAUCAUUAUGGUGACACGGUGCAGGUCCAGUUGGACAGUCUGGAGCCUUGCAUGUACGUUGUUGUGGUGUCUCAGGCCAGGAUGCUGCAGUACCCUGCUACAGUGUGGGAAUGCAUUAACAAAAAAAUCACGGUUGGGGUGUAUGGUCCGAAGCACAUUCAUCCUUCAUUCAAGACGGUGGUGGCUGUAUUCGGGCACGAUAGCGCACCCAAGUCACUGCUAGUAAAUGAAGUAAGCCGAGAUCUUGUGAGUGCACCACCUGUGGCCCUGCAGCUCUGGGGCAAGCACCAGUUCAUGCUGGCAAAGCCCCAGGACCUGAAGAUCAGCAUACACCCCAACAUCUCCAACUACGAGGUCAAGCCUUCUGACCAGGUUAAGGUUGUCCGCGGAUUUCAGGUGAAGCUGGGCAAGGUCAGCCGCCUCAUCUUCCCCGUUUACUCGCGCAUCCCCGAAGAGCUUUCCGACUUCACCCUGAGGAUCCAGGUCAAGGAUGAGCAGGAGGCGAUAAUCACACAGUUCUGUGUGCGAACGCCGCAGCCGCCCCCGAAGUCCGGGGUCCGAAACAGCGGGCAGAGGAGGUUCCUGAAGAAGAAGGAAGUUGGCAAGAUUGUUCUUUCCCCCUUGGCCGUCACGAGUAAAUACCCCAUAUUUCAGGACCGCCAGGUAAACCAUCUCAAGUAUGGGAAACUGCUGAAGACUGUUGUGAGGCAGAACAAAAACUAUUAUCUGUUGGAGUACAAAAAGGGAGACGUGAUUGCAUUGCUAAGUGAAGAGAAAAUUAAGUUGAAAGGUCAUCUCCGAACAAAAGAGUGGUACAUUGGGUUCUACCAAGGGAAGAUAGGGCUGGUGCAUGCCAAAAAUGUGUUAGUAGUUGGGAAAAUUAAGCCCAGCUUCUUUCUUGGGCCUGAUCUCACUACUUCUAUGCUCUUGGAGCAGAUCCUUCGGCCCAGCAAGUUUCUCACGUAUAUCUAUGCUUCGGUAAGGAUGACGCUCAUGGAGAAUAUCAGUAGCUGGAGAGCAUUUGCGGAUGCGCUGGGUUACAAAAACAUGCCUCUUGUGCACUUCUGCCGGACGGAGAUCGACAGCGAACCGGAGCGCGUGGCAUCAGUACUAGAAAAGCUCAAAGAGGACUGCAACGAUGUGGACAACAAGGAAAAGAAGUCCUUUCAGAAAGAGCUGAUGUCUGCCUUGUUGAAGCUGGACUGCCAGGGUCUGGUUGCCAGGCUCAUUCAGGAUUUUGUAUUGCUCACCACGGCUGUCGAGGUGGCCUCAAGAUGGAGAGAGCUAGCUGAGAAACUGGCCAGAGUUUCCAAGCAACAGAUGGAUGCUUACGAAGCUCCCCAUAGGGACAAGAAUGGAGUUGUUGAAACUGAGGCCAUGUGGAAACCAGCCUAUGACUUCCUGCUGACCUGGAGUGCACAAAUCGGAGACAGCUACAGAGACGUGAUUCAAGAACUGCACAUGGGGCUGGAUAAAAUGAAGCAUCCCAUUACAAAGCGCUGGAAACACUUGACCGGAACCCUCAUCCUGGUCCAUGCUCUCGAUAUUCUCAGAGCAGCAGCAUUCAGUCCCUCUGAUCAGGAUGACGUCGCUAUUUGAACCGUAUUUUCUCUCGCCUCUUCAGUGAAGACUCAGUGACAGGAGGGAGUAAAUUCAAGUCACUUGGCCUAAUUUCUGAUUAGUGCCAGCUGGAAUUACCCAGCCUUACAACUACGGGGCUUUCAAUGUUGCAAAGAACCUUAACUGUCAGUUUUAUGGCAUGGUGUUCAAACUGUUACCAUGAAAGGCAAAACUCAGUCUGGCUCCUAAGACUUUUUAAAAGAGCCACUGGAUAUUGGAAGUAAAUUCUGAUUUUGCACAAAAUCAAUCGAUUUUAUAUCUAGGGAGUGGAUGAAUCCACCAAUGAGUUAUUAAUACAGCUCUCCCCUCUCUUUCCCCCCAUCCUCCUCACGAACAAAGGGGUUAGGAUCCUAAAGAACUCUUUGUCAUGCAAAUAAUUCAUCCAGGCAAAGGUAUGGUAAACCCUUAACUUUUGUCUGAUACGUGCUGCCUUGGAUGGUGAGAAAAGAAGUCAGAAGCUACUCAAAAUCCUUCCAGUAAGGACGAUGUAAAUCUAAAACAAAGACGGAAGAGCGCAGGUGCUCGAGGGCUUUCUCUCCCGUUUUAAAUAACUUGGUUAUUUCACAAUUUCCUUCCCAUUGACCCAUGUCAAAAAGUCAUUAAAUGUUACUGGCUUCUACAGAUCUGUAAUUGAAAGAGAGUUUCCAAAUGUGUUCCCCACCCUUCAUUGUUAAUUAAAUGUUCACUAACUGGGGGUGAGCUGUUGUCAAAAUUCUAAUGAAGUCGCAUUAAUGUUUUUGAACUUAUAACAAUUGUGCUAUAGUGUGUGUAAAAAAAACAAAGCUAAACUUUCACCGCAUGAUUUUCUUUCUUCUAAAUAGCACUAUUUUACCGGGUACUAUUUUUAAAUGUGUCAAAGGACUGAGCAAUGUACCAGAACUGUUCUUGGAGUCCACUUCCUAAGAAAUUUGUUGAAUGUAGUUUUUAAGCUUUGUAAAUAUAGCAGGAGCCCUAACUACCUCAGGUACGUCUUAACUUUUUACUUACCCUGCUUUAAAAAUGAAUGCUCAGCCUUUGCCCCCAAUGCAGCAGAAGUGUUUUCACUGUGAUGGGCUGUGUGUCAUUCCAAGUGUUUGCCUUAAAGCUGUAAUUUGGAGAGCUGCAAUGGGAAAAUGGACAUGUCAAGACAUGCUUGCACUUUGAGCUGGGAAACUGGCCCCGGUUAUUGCAUGCUUAAACAUUAACAAGCCACAUUGCAGAGGUUAUUAACAAUCAAGCCAAAUCAGUUUUGUAACACCAUCCAUAUAUUCAGCAGUUGCCAACCAAAGGCAAUGAUUUUUGUUUUGAAAUUGAAAAUGCAGAUGGUCAGUGAGAGGGGUGAAAGGCAAAGAACACAAGCACGUAUGAAAGGUGAUGGUGCUCGAGGGGUAUAGCAGUCCAGCGUCCUAAGCUGUGCAUUCUGUGGACAGUGGUGUCCAGCCUGUGCAGUUCCUCUUGCAAUACAAUUGGUACUGGAUUCUGAUCGAAGAAACAACCAGAUUUCAUUUUAUCAACAUAAUCCUGAAAAUCGUUACCUCAACAUGUAUUCCCCAGCGAUCUGUGUCACAGAUAACGUGACUUGAAAUGUCUUUUCUCAAAGCAUCAUCUGUUUGACUGAUAUGUUACACACUUCACCUUCCUUUGACCUACUCACUUUUGCUAAGGGUUGGAAUGUCUGUUUUGGAAGGCGAAUUUGCUUAUGAAUUUUGGUCAUGGGCUGGGAUGGAUAUAAAAGUCACUGAUCCCAGUCGAUGGAAUUAUUACUUUGCAACACUGAUUGUGAAUAACUGUUUUUCUCUUCACGAAUGAGAUUGGAUUAAUUAUUUUAAUCAUUUCAAGUAAAGCACUUAAAGGUUGCAUUAACUGGUGCCAGUGAAGCUGUUAAUAAUGUUUGAUUUAGGAGACACUUGGUGUUUUACACCAUGAUGAAACAACAGAAUCCAAAACUCAUUUUCCUGUUCAUUGGCCCUAAUUGUUGACAACUCUUUUGUAGUGCGAAUACAUUUACUAGGAUAACUUGUGUUUCUUGGGCAAGAGUCAAUGAGGUGUCAGGUCCCUUGGACAGUAUCUCUCCCCAGUUUUAGUUAUGUGAUUGCUCAUUUCAGUCACGUCAGCCACAAAAUAUUCAGAGUUGUAAUACCUUCUGCCCUUUUUCAUUGCUGCAUUCUGAGAGGUUCUGCUAGUCCUGAGAAAAGAAGUAUGUCAACAUAGUCUUCAUUAUGUUCUGUAGAACAACCAAAUCUUUCUCUUGUUUUGCUUGGGAUUACAGGUUGCGUUUGCAUUCAUACACACUGUAUUGUAUUCACCGCUCCAUUUUUAUUUUGGAAUGCAUAUUGGGUUUCCCAGAAUCAAAUUCAUUUAUCAGCUGGUCCCCAUUUAACCCAAGUUGAUCUGAAGGCUAAUGCAUGUGUUGAAAUGAAUGGCUGGCAGUUCUCCUGUAUCCAUUGUGGGCUGUCAGUGGCCUCUUGAACUCUGCAGAAUGGAAAAUGAUAGCUCCUGAACUAAAUCUGCAGUAAGUCUAUCUAAAGUUAUUGGCUAUUGUUCUGAGUUAUAAACUGUGAUAUAUAAUUUCUUAUCUUGAAUUGUUGGAGAACUAUUGAUAUUUGAGAAUCUGCCAUCAGAGUCACUUCGUAUAUUGAUGUAGAUUAAAUGACACUUCAUGAACUGAUUGGUUACAGAUGUCACUUGAACAUUUCAAGCUGAUUAAGCUUUUUCUUGGGGAUAAGAUUUAAUUUAGCUUGAUGUUUUAGCUUCAUUAUCUGAGACAACACAUUGUUUUGAUUUGCUAAGAAAACCCCAAGUUUCUCUUCAGUGCUGACACUGAAUGGGUCACAGAUCAGUCUGUGGCCAAAACAUUUUUAAAAUUGUUGAUUUGUAAGGAGAAUUUGUAUAUUCAAUAUUGUUAUGUUUUAUUUAAAUAGCACACAGCAGAUUCCUCAUGCUACAUGAUAAUUUCAUGAGGAAAAAGGUGAUUGCCUCAUCUCCCUCCUGUCCAAGUAAGAUGCUGAGUGCAGAACCAUGCCUAGAAUCUCAUCUAUUUGACUGCGCUACAUUACUUGGUAAAACACUUGUGUUUGCCACUCUGAAUUAUCCUAUGAUAUGUUUUUAAAAGUUCUUUGUAACUGCUAAAAAUGUGUCCUCUUGUCACUUUAUGAAUGUCAGAAAAUAAUUCUAUUUUCUAAAUUUCAUACAGGUAUUUUGCUCUGCCUUGUUUAAACCAGCAAUUAGACUUAGCUGACUUUUGAAUUAUUUGUAAAUAUACUAGAAGAGUAGUCAUAAAUUGCAUUAAAUGCAUAGUGUCACCUAUCAUCAAACCUGUACAUAUCGUUCAUUUGCCAGUAUUAAAUGCUGUAUAUGACUAGUCUAUAGACAACUGCAAGUUACUAGUCUGGUUAAAUAAGCUCUGAAAGAGGACAAGCUUGUCAGCCAAUUCUUACUGGAUAAUUUUUGCAUUGUUGGAAGUGAAUGGCAACUUGCAUGUUAGAACAUUUGAGUUCUAUUUUUCCUGAAUGCCUUUUGUUCACUCAACAUCAUGGUCAGUGAAGACAUCCUUAGGGUGAGCAGAUGAUCCUUAAAGUAACACAACCGUAGUACAGAAUUUAGGAACAACCUUGAUUCCCCCACAGCAGUAUAGUUGUGGAGUGUAUUGAAUACAUCUCCUCUCCUGUCCCUGUAUCCAACUGAGUGUGAGCUGUUUCCAUACUGAAAUUCACUUGCCUGCAGGUUGUAAAUUAAUGUAAAUAUACUACCUUUGUAGCCACUUUUUGCUGUUUUGGUCAAUAUGUGUGGAUUGUUUUGUUCUGUUUUAACGCUGCAGAUGGUGUGCAGUGUUUGAAGUUACAUCAGGGUCUGUGACAAUUCUCUUGUGCAUUUCCAGUAGAAUGUUAUUCAAGAGGAGUAACCAGUGUUCAUUUUAGCAACUCGCCCUGAAUCCCAUAAUCUUGCCAUGCAUACCCCACUCAUCCACAAGUUGCAGGGUAACGUGACCCUGAAAAACAUUCUCUCUUCCACCACUUCUGCCGGAGUGUAUUCACUUGCACACAACAUGUCCUCAGUGGAUUGUGAUGAGAUAACACUAUUGGUGGUCUGGCUUUGCAACAACUUACACCCAACAACUUAAUCCUUUACUGAUCACUCUUGAGCAGUAUUCUUGAGUGUGUGCAUGUGCAUCUUUGUAGAUUAAUGCUGCUUUUGAUCUGCAACUUUCCCCAAAUUUUAAACACCUAGCAAUUUCAAAAAGACAAGCACUGCUACACUUCAGAGGACUGUUUCAUUGGUCAGUAUGGAAGGGGUUUAUGAGGUCAAGUGCUCAGUUGCUUGCAGGAGAGUCUAAAGAUGUGUCAUUUAUGGUUGGCAACCAAUGAUCUGAUGAACUUACUUGAACUUGCAAUGCCUUCUUGUUUUUGACUGUCGGCUGUUACACUCUCUUAUUCAGUCCUAAAUGCCUAAUAUAUGUUUCCUUUCCCAUUUUUCUUAACUCUCUCCAGAAAAAUAAAUCAGUAAACUAAUCUCAAUCUUGUCCAUUGUCUGCUAUGGACUCUUGCUCUCAAGCUUGCUUCCCACCUAAUUGCUGACUCUCGAACACCACGCCGCACAAUGUUAUGUUAAUUUGCUAUUGUAGGCUUCUGUUUAAAGAUGUGGAUUGCCUUAUUUCUGUGAUUUGUAAACCACUGUGCUUUCCAUUGCUCUGUAUUAUAAGAAAGUAAUUUCUAGUUAUAUUGAUACCUUUUGGCUGAUUUUAAACAUAGUAUUUUCAAUAAAACCUGUUUCUUACUGCGU